CAUUGCCAUACCCUUCACAAGCAGGCAACUGAGCUGUAUUAACCUGGCAAGAAGGCUAGAAAGCUCAAUACACCUUCCUAUUACUCUACACAUCUUAUGUCUUUCAUAAGACAUAUGACCACCUCAAGAACCAAGCUGAAUCAUGUUCCGGCUGCUGACCUCCUGCUGGUCUUGGAUAAAGACAACUGAAGAGACACGAAGGAAUGUGACCAUCAUUAUCAUUGGAUUGGACAACUCGGGCAAAACUGUUCUUGUGAAGGCUUUCCAAAGAUUACUUCCCAGUAGGAUGGACAACUGUAUGAAAUCUGAACUGACUACGCUCUUGCUGGAUGAGUAUGAAGCUUCUAUCUAUGACCUGAAUGGAGACAUGAAGGGCCGAGAAAUCUGGCCGAACUACUACGCACAGGCACACGGACUUGUUUUUGUCCUGGAUUCCAGUGACUUAGGACGUAUGCAGGAAGUGAAGAUCAUCUUGACACAUCUGCUGUCUGAUAAAAGAGUGGCAGGGAAACCUAUCCUACUCCUGGCAAACAAACAAGACAAGAAGGACGCCCUCCUACCUUGUGAUAUCAUUGAAUACCUACUCCUAGAAAGGCUAGUGAAUGAGAACAAGUCCCUGUGCCGAGUGGAACCCUGUUCAGCUAUCAAGAACCUCCAAAGAAGGAACCAUCAGCCCAUAAUCGAAGGGCUGCGCUGGCUAUUAGCUGCCACUGGGGAUAAAUACGAAGAGCUGUGUACUUGCCAACAGCCACUCACCUCGAGCGUCCCAACCUCCAAGGGCACCAGAGGCUCUAGGGAAAGAUGCUCAUCAGACAGCUUUGCUACCAGGAUGGGAAUGUUCAAAAAAAAAAGACAGCAUCUAGGAAAAGGCGCAGUGGAAGUUAGACCCCUAAAGCCAAUCCUAAAGAAAGAAGGUUUAAGGCCUAAAAAGAAUUUAUCAGUAACAUUUGCCUUAGAUGAACCUAUGGAGGAGGGUGAAUGUUCUGGCGGAAAUAGAACUCAGAACACUACUGAGCUUUGCUACAAUCAAAGGGAUGACUUGCAGCCCCCAACUCCACUUGUCGAUGAUGAUCUUUUUGAAGAACCCAAGGCAAAAAAAAACCUGGAGACAUGGGACACAGAAGAGAUGUUACUGGAAAAUCCCUGUGAAGAAGCCUUUGGCUCCUGUGACUUUUAACAGAGUACUAAAGAGAAAAAUGGAGGGAAGUCCAAAGAAACCAUCUCCUAUCCUUCUUCCCUCAGUAAAUGGGCUCAUCUCUAGAACCAUCAGGACUGCUCAGUUUUUCAUUUUUUGUUUUUUGUUUUUUUUUUUUUUCAUUUCUAUUUGCUAAUACUUCUAAAGUCUCCCCUACCUACAAGUCCACCUACUCUAACAUCACAACCCUGUGGACUUCCACUGUUUCUAUAUAUCUGCACUCUAGCCAGCAAAUGAAGCUUAUACCUGCCCCGAGGGGCUCGAGAAAAGUUAGGUGGCACCCAUUUGAGAAUGAAGAUGACCUUGGCAAAGAACAGAGACGUUAUGUCUCUGCACCUGGGUGCUCCUCGUGGAGUCCGCGAACAAUUUGUCACGGGUGACCAACUGAAAUCAAGCCUUAGAAGUAAAGGGUCAGGUUGGAAUUACAUUCCCCCCCCUCCCCGAGGUUCUUGGGUGUAAGGGGACUGGCAGAAAUAAACAGAACUUCG